AUGACGUUCACCUUCGGCGCCCCGGCUUCCAGCGCUCCCUCGAGUGGAAGCCUUUUUGGAACAUCUGGUAAUGCAUUUGGCUCCAACCAGAAUGCCGCAAAGCCUGCAUCUGGCGGUCUUUUUGGCAAUGUAGGAGCUUCAGCUUCAUCCACGAGCGGAACUGCUUCUCCCCUGUUUGGCGCGACCCCUGGAGCUGGUCAGAGCCCUUCCUUAUUCGGUGGUGCUGGCAAUGCUACUUCGUCAUCAACCGCCACUCCUGGUUCCGGCUUUUCAUUCGGUAGUCAGACUCAAAACGCCGGUGGUGCUUUGUUCGGCAGCGGUGCCUCGACCCCCAACAAGACCACAGAGUCGAAUACACCUGCACAGACCGCUAGUAGCGGAGCAUUUGGCGCUGGAAAGACGGGCGGAAGUCUAUUUGGAUCUGGCGCACCAUCCACCACUCCUGCUCCGGCUGCAGGCUCUUUGUUUGGCAAUACUUCAACUACGCCGGCUGGUCCCCCGCCGGGAUCAAAGCCAGCCGCGGGCCUUUUUGGAGGGCUGAGUGCUGCUUCUUCCACUACCCCGGCGUCUGCUGCUGCGCCUACCUCAACUACUCCGACUACCGCGCAACCACAGACCUCAGGAGGUCUAUUCGGGGCUGGUGCCCCGUCUACCGCUUCAAAGCCUUUGUUUGGAGGAUCAGCGACCCCUGCGGCGCCUGCGGGCGGUCUCUUUGGAAAUCCAGCAAAGCCAGCUGAAACAAGUACACCCGCUACAACCGCAGCCAGUGCUCCUAAGCCUCUGUUCGGAGCUGGCGCCCCGGCCAUGGGCGGAGCGGCCCCCGCUCAAACACCUUCAUUAUUUAACAAGGCGCCUCCCGCCGGCGGUGAUUCGUCCGCCCCCAAACCUACAUUCCCUGCCCUCGGCGGAGCUCCUUCUACUACUCCAGCCAGCUCAGCAGCAUCCACGGCUACUCCUCAAAAGUCACUUUUCCCUACUCUGGGGGGCGCUGCCACAUCCUCAGCUGCCCCUUCAUCUGCACCAACCACGGCUAGCGGCGGAAGCUCAUUGUUUCCAUCCCUUGGUGCUAAUAGUUCAACCGCGACCUCUACUCCGGCGACAACAACUACGGCAGCUGCGCCAGCUACCACAUCCGCCACCCAGCCUGCGAGUAGUGGUUUUUUUAAACCCUCUGGUGCCACACCUGCGGCUACCACUGCUUCGGCUCCUGCUGGCCAAACCACAGCGGCCACGAUAGCUCCGGCAACAACCGCAACCGCUGCUGGUGGCGCUUCCACCCUCGGUCAAUCGACGGCUGGCCCUGCACCCCCCGCUCAGUCCCGCCUGAAAAACAAGACUAUGGAUGAGAUCAUCACGAGAUGGGCUACCGAUUUAACUAAAUAUCAGAAGGAUUUCCGCGAACAGGCAGAGAAGGUCGCUGAAUGGGAUCGAAUGCUGGUGGAGAAUAGCACCAAAGUUCAGAAGCUGUAUGGUAGUACUGUCGAUGCCGAGAGAGCAACGCAAGAGGUUGAACGCCAAUUAGCCUCUGUGGAGGGUCAACAAGAGGAACUGAGCUCGUGGCUUGAUCGCUAUGAACGGGAGGUCGACGAAAUGGUUACGAAGCAGGUGGGCCCUGGCGAGUCCCUUCAGGGACCGGAUCAGGAACGUGAGAGAACGUACAAACUGGCUGAAAAGCUGUCGGAGCGGCUGGAUGAGAUGGGCAAAGAUCUUACCAGUAUGAUCGAAGAAGUAAAUGGAGCUUCUGCGACCCUCAGCAAGACAAAUCGGGCGGACGAGCCAAUCUCGCAAAUCGUCCGCAUUCUCAACUCGCACCUAUCCCAGCUGCAAGUUAUCGACCAAGGCACAUCCGAACUGCAGUCCAAGGUUGCUGCCGCCCAAAAGGCCGGCCAGUCAAUCUCUUCCCGUCUUGGAUACGGCUAUGCUAGUCCUGGCAUGGGCGGAGGCAAUGCCGCCGAUGAUUUCUAUCGGUCCUACAUGGGUAGACGUUAG